AUGGUGUGCAGAGUGUGGUUCGCUAUGAGCACAAAAUUGGCGUUACUAUUGAUUGCGGUAAUUGUGGUAAUAUUGGUGAGCGAGUCCAGUGCCGGACCCGUGUCGUGGGCCGCCUGUCAAACGGCUUGUAAUGUGGGUUACGUCACGUGCUGUGUAAUAGCCGGCGGUAUAGCGGGCACAUUCACGUUGGUAGGAGCACCCGCAGCUUUGGCCGCCUGUAGUACGGUUCAGGGCUCGUGUAUGGCCGCGUGUACUCCCCUUUUAUUAGCGCCCACUCCGUAAUACCACUCUGUAUUAAAAUAUUAACAUGAUUGUAUUCUAUGAUGGUUAUGU